AUGGAGGCAGCAGCUACUCGGCAACAUGCUAGUCCCAACACAGGUUUCCACUGCUUGUACGGCUAUUACUAUCUUGGCUAUAUCAGGAAGGAACUGGCACACAUCUACAACAAAACACAGCAGACAAUAGGAAACUGGAUUCGUGUGUAUGAAGUUACGGGGACCUACCAACGCGCUACGUCAAAGUCAGACCGGAAAUUUACGGCACAAACUGCAUUUCGCUUGAACUUUCAGCUCACCAUUUCCAAAACAUCCGUGUGGAGAAUUAUUCACGAUUUUGGGCUAACUUGGAAAGUGUUGGAACGCCGAGCCAUUCAAAUCAAAGAGCGAGACAUCUUUCGGUUUGUGGAGGAGCUGAGUCACAUCAACUGGACCUACUAUAAUGUUGUUUUUCUGGAUGAAGUUUUAUUCGAUAACAGGGGAAUAAUGCGAAAGAGAGGUGAGUUCCAGCGAAAACCCAGAGUCUCCAUGCUUGCGUUUAUUGGUGUCAAUGGCAUUAUUGACUACUAUGACACUGUUGGAACAUUUGACCGAUUAGAGUUUGUUCGAUGUUGUCAAGAUUUUGCGUCCUCUAAGCGUGCCAAAGUAUCGGAAUUGUACCGAUUUUUCUACCUGCCUAUUGCCCGUUCUUUAAUCCCAUCGAAUUUCUCUUUGGUUACGUCAAGAAAGCCUUUCAGCGCUACUACGUGGAGUCCACGAAUCGUGACUUAA